AUGGCGACGGGCAGCGACCUGACAGCACGCUACGCUGGGCUGACAUCGGUGAGACGUGGCUGCGACUGCGACUGCGACUGCGACUACGACUCCUCCCGCACUCUUCCCCAGGAAUUCGAGGUCAAGCCUGCAGCGCUCGGACGACGGCAGCGAUUUGCGCUAGCCCGUUACGGCAACAUCUGGGGUAAAGUGACCGCUAGCGCCGCGACUAGCGCAUGGCAUGGGUCCCAUGGGCCGCCUGAACCUCCGGCCACUCAUGGCGCCGCAUGA